AUAUCUUAAUACACUGAAAACAAUAAUCAAUCCCCAUAUAGCGCACAUAAAAACCAGAGACUCUCUCGGUCUAUACAUUCCAGUUCUUGCUGGUUCAAAAAAUUUGGAGACAUGGGUAUACCACCCAAUAAAGACCCACCACCUGCCUAUGUAGAAACAGUGGAAGAGAUCAUGAGAACAUACAGAUCAUUGCCGCCCAGACCCACCAUUGAAGAGGUCGAAGCAGCCAUAUCCGUUGUCAAGACGGUGAACGCCGAGCAAGAGACGAGGCUGGAGGAGAUCUCCAACCAAGUGGGCCCACAGGGUGUCCCACCGGAGCUCUUCUCUCUGCUGCAGCAGGUGAGGAAGAACGUGGUGCUGUUCCAGAGCCAUGAGCAGAGGAAAGAGGCCAUGCACUUGGUCGAGCUUGACAAGAUGUUUGAGAGGUUUGAUGAGCUCAUUCAGAGAGCCUCUGGGUUGGUUUCUGGUGAUACCCAGAUGGAGAAACAGAGUGAUUUGGGUGACCCAGUUCUUGAAAUCGGAAGAGAAGCUGUGAUGAUCAAGGAUAGGGUUGCUGAGGAACCUAAGGUUGAUGAUUUGAAGGGUUUGAUUAGAAGUUCUUCUGCAAAGGCUAUUACUGUCUUCUCUUUAGGUGAAGCAGAUGAGGAGAGAUUGAGUCUAAUGAAAGUUGCAGCCUUAAUUGAAAAAACUGCUAAAAGUGGAGCACUAGUUCUUGAUCUCCAAGGCAAACUGAUGGACAAGAUGGAGUGGCUUCCCGUAUCGCUUGGAAAGCUAACGGAUAUUACUGAACUGAACAUAUCCGACAAUCGCAUUAUGGCUCUUCCAUCCACUAUUUGCUACCUCAGGGCCUUAACGAAGCUCGAUGUCCACUCAAACCAACUAAUAAACCUUCCUAACUCUUUCGGCGAGUUACUCAAUUUAACAGAUAUUGACCUCCAUGCAAACAAGUUGAAAUCACUACCACCUUCUUUCUCAAACUUGGUGAACCUAAUGAAUCUUGAUUUGAGUUCAAACCAGUUUACUCAUUUGCCGGAUAUAAUUGGGAAUUUGAUCUCCCUGGAGAGGUUGAGUGUGGAAACAAAUGAGCUUCAAGAAGUUCCUUACACAAUUGGUUCUUGUUCAUCUCUUAUUGAGCUAAGAUUAGACUUUAAUCAGCUCAGGGCUCUUCCCGAGGCAAUUGGGAAGCUUGGAUGCUUGGAGGUUCUUACUCUGCAUUAUAACAGAAUCAAAGGGUUGCCAACAACAAUGGGUAAUCUUCUAAAACUGAGGGAACUUGAUGCUAGUUUCAAUGAACUUGAAUCAAUACCUGAAAGCCUUUGUUUCGCCGUUAGUCUUGAAAAAUUGAAUGUUGGGAAGAACUUUGCCGACCUAAGAGCCUUGCCAAGAUCCAUUGGAAACCUUGAGAUGCUUGAAGAGUUAGACAUAUGCGAUGAUCAAAUAACGAUGUUACCCGAUUCCUUCAGGUUGCUGUCAAAAUUGAGAGUUUUUCGGGCUGAUGAGACUCCAUUGGAAGUGCCACCAAGACAAGUAACUAAACUUGGAGCUCAGGCUGUCGUUCAAUACAUGGCUGAUUUCGUUGCUAAGAGAGAGCUGAAGUCUCGGCUGCCAAAGAAGAAGAAGAGAGGAUUCUGGUACAGGAUUUACUCACUCUUUUGCCAUUGAGAGCAGAUUACGUUCGAGGGCACAGACCAAUGAGCUAGUUUCCCAGUUCUCAUAUUGGUAUUUACACACAUACAUAUAUUUGGGAAGAACUUUUUAUUUAUUUUUUCUCCAAUAAAUAGUUGUAUAUAUAUUGUUGGCUUACUGUAAAAAGUCAAUUUGUGAGAUUGCAAAGUUCUCAACUAUUUGUUUUGUUUUGUUGAGUGAAAAGAGAGACAACAUAAGGGCAUUUGUUAAUUAUUGUGACAUCAGUGAUGGUGUCAUACAAAUGUAAUGCUUUUUUAUUGCUGUAAUCUUUUUUGUGA